AUGUCAUCUUCAGCAGAAACGGUAGCGAACAUCGAAGGGCUCCUUAAGCAGAUCCUCAUAUCGGUUCCAGCUCCAUCUCUGAUCCGCUUCAAGUGCGUCUCCAAGCACUGGCUCUCUCUCAUUUCCGACCCCGACUUCUGUCGCCGCCACACUCUCCGAAACCCUAACCCCAAAAUCUCAGCUUUCUUCUCUUCCCAAACCAAUGAAGACACCACCAUCAACUCCAUCACUCUCGGCAGCCCAGCCGGUAAUCCCUUCAAAACUCUCGCCAAUUCCGCCUCCGCGUUGAGGAUUCUUCAGUCCUGCAAUGGCCUCUUCCUCUGCUAUGUCGAAUUCCCCGGAGAAGAAGAAGAAAGAAACUAUCCUCCUGUAUAUGUCGUCAAUCCCACCACCAACAAAUUCCGCGCUCUCUCUGCUCCAAGCCUUGCGAAGAAGGAGGAAGUGUAUAUGUUUGUGAGGUAUGGUUUGGCUUUCGACCCUUCGAAAUCGCCUCAUUACACUGUGGUGUGUGUCAGUCACGACAUUCUCCGUGGCAAGCGCCACAGCAUAGAGAUAUAUUCGUCGGAGACCGGAACUUGGGUGAAGCGUUUCAAGGCUCUUUUCUUCCCUAGCCCUUCCGACGAGGGCAGGCACAUUGAUACUCGCAGAAUGCCUAUGCAUUUUGAUGAGAGGAGCAGGGAAGGGGCAGUGUAUUGCAACGGCGCAAUUCAUUGGAUAAGAAACAGAUGGGAAGCGAGCCUGCCAUUCUGCUCGGAGACAGAUGGUGUGGUCGAAACAGUUGGAUUCGAAAGAAGUAAAUUGGAUGUGUUGCACUACUAUGACAUAGGUGAAGAAAGUCUGCGGCUCGCUGCUGCUACUCCUCCAGUUCCUUUGGUUGUGAAAAACAUUCCGUUGGAGAAAGAACAAAACUUUCCUACUGAGUUUCCCCAUUUGAUUGAUAGAUACUUUGGCGAGUCAGGUGGUGGCUGUUUGUAUUUGAUUGAGGUUUUUGAGCAUUGUAGGACUCAAUUUGAGGUGAUGGAGAUGGAGAGGGACUACUCUGGCUGGUUUGUUAAGUACCAUGUUGAUCUUAGUCCGGUGGUCGCACCUCGUCCUGGACAGGACCCUAAUGCUUUUGUUGUCUUGUUCCUUUCACGAGAUGUGGAAACAGAUGGUGAGGAUUCUUCAACUGAUCUUUGGUUGCAUAUGCCUGGUAAGGUCGUGUCUUAUAAUCUCAGGACUAAGAGCUUCAAGACAUCUGUUGAGUUAGCCAAUAGGGAACUUUUUCUAGCAUUAGAUGAUGAUGAAUAUGAGGGUGAUAACUAUCCUUACAUGGAGACUUUAGCUUGUGUGUAA